AUGUUGUGCAAAAGUAUUGUGUAUUCUGUUCAAAAGAGUCCGAAACCUCGUCAACUUCAUCAUAUGCCAAAGGCACCAUUACCUGGAGAACCUGCAAAACCAUAUACGCUUACUGAAAUUCCUGGACCAAGGUCAGAAGCACUUCUCAAUGAAUUUUCUAAAAUUCAGCAAGUAGGCUCCAUUCAAUAUUUUGGAGACUACCAAAGAUCUGUUGGAAAUUACUUAGCAGAUAUUGAUGGAAAUGUUUUCUUAGAUAUGUUUAUGCAAUUAUCUACCCUUGCUCUUGGAUAUAAUCAUAGGUCAAUCCUUGGUGCAUUAUCUUGUGGAGGAAAUCAACGAGUAAUAGCAAACAGGCCUGCAAUAGGAUUAUUCCCUGGUUUAGAGUGGCCAUGUAAAAUACAGGAUACAUUGCUUCAACCAUGUGUAGCUCCAAAAGGGUUACCAUGCAUUUUUACAGCCAUGUGUGGUGCUUGUUCAAUUGAGCAUGCUAUACAAAUGGCAUUCAUAAAAUAUGCAGAAAGACAUCGACGUGGCAAAGAUUUUACUGAGGAAGAAAAGGAAAGUGCACCUUUUAAUAAACCACCUGGUUGUCCUGAAUUGUCUAUCCUUUCCUUUGAAGGAGGAUUUCAUGGUAGAACAUUUGGUGCACUGGCAUUAACGCAUUAUAAGUACAUAAUGAAAAUUGAUAUACCUUCUCUUCAAUGGCCAAUUGCACCCUAUCCACAUUAUUUAUAUCCAUUGGAUCAGCAUGAAAAAGAAAAUAAAGAGGAAGAUGCUCGGUGCUUGGAACAAAGAUCUAUUCCUUUCAUAUUGGAUGAAAUACAAACAGGAGGUGGUGCAACAGGAAGAAUAUGGGCACAUGAAUAUUUUGAAUUAAACAUUCCUCCUGAUAUCGUUACAUUUAGUUACAAAAUGCAAGCUAGUGGAUUUUAUCAUUCUCCCGAAUACAUGCCCAAGCAACCAUAUAGAGUUUUUAAUGCAUGGAUGGGAGACCCAAUCCAAAUUUUAUUGUUAGAAGCAGUAUUACAAACCAUUGAAGCAGAAGACUUAUUAACUCAUGUAUGUUAUGUCGGCAAUUAUUUGCUUUGUCAACUAAACACCUUGCAACAUGAAUUUUCGGAUAUUAUAAGUUCCGUACGAGGUAGAGGCUUUAUCAUUGCCUUUGAUACGAGAUGUAGGGAUAUGAAAAAGAAAUUAAUGCAUCUUUUACGUAAUAGAGGUAUACAAGUGGGUGACUGUGGAACAAAAUCAAUUCGAUUAAGACCAUGUCUAAUAUUCGGAGAAUAUCAUGCCGAUAUCUUUUUAGAAAUUCUUCGCGAUUGCUUGCAAGAACUUGCAGAGUGCUGAUGUAUUUGUAAAUUAUAUUUUACUUAUUUAUUGUAUUAUACAUUUGUUAAAUAUAUACUUUAAUACAAAAAUAUCACGUUCUAUAACAUUAUUAUAUGUAUGUAUAUAACAACUAAUUAUGAAGUAUAUUAUACGAUAGCAAUAAUAAUAACAAUUUGAGAGCGCGCCUGCUGCCAUUACAUUCAAAUCUAAAUUCAAAUGAUAUUCAAACAUCGCGGCUAGUAGUCACAUAGUUCCAUUACCGAUCAAGGACCAAGAAUAUACAUAUUGUCUGUGUCAUAUAAAGGAGAUCGAUAUCAGUAUGGCGGUAAAGGAGCGGCUCCAUUCAGCGUGAUUGGAAAUCAAGAUUAUUAUGGCUCAGAUUUUAUAUUACAUAACGGGAAAGUGCAUUUCCAUCGAAGUGCAUUUUUCGCGACGCCUAGUAGCAUCUUGAACGACCAUAAGGAUAGAACAGAAAA